GUGGCCGUCUCUUAGGCUGGCGAGGCUUUAAAUCGAGAUCGCGCGGCCGAAAAGCCAUGAUUUUGAGAGCCUGGCUGCUGGCUGCUGUUGGCGUGGCGGCAGCUGAUGAGGGAUGGAGCUUCUGGAGCUCCUUGAGGCUCGUCUCCGGUUUCCUCGGCCUGGAUCACCUCCGGGAGAAGAAGCAGCGCCGGGCCCAGCUGGCCAUCAUCGGCGCAGGCUUCUCACGCACGGGCACCAAGUCGAUGGAGACUGCCCUGUCGCAGCUGGGCUACCAAAUCUACGACAUGCGGUCUAUGCUACAGCUGGGCCAUGUGGAGGGCUGGUUGGAGGCGGCCCAGACGUGGCGGCGUGGCAACAGCACGGCGCUGGAGAAGAUGCUGCAAACCGUGGAGGAGCUCGGCUACACCGCGACUCUGGACCUGCCGAUGAAUUUGCUGGCGCCCGCGCUGGCGGAGAUCAGGCCGUCCGCCAAGGUGGUGAUGACUGUCAGGCCUUUGGAGGAGUGGCUGGAGAGCUGGGCGAACGUGAACGAGGUGAUGUCCUGCCUGGUGGUGAGGCCCUGGCGCUGGCUGGUGGACCUCAACUUCAACCAGCAGAUGCUGAAGGUGCUGUACGACUUCCAUUGGCCGUACCCAGAGUACCCGGAGCAUGUGCGGCGGCCGCUGCCCUGGUUUGAGAUCGUCACCUCCCUACCAGGCUUUGAGCCGAGCAUGCGCGAGGAGUGGCUUCAGCUGCACCGCCGGCUGCAGCAAGACCUGGAGCCCAUGGGCCGGCGAGUCUUGGUCUUCGACGUGCGCCAGGGCUGGCCCGUGCUGGCGGAGUUCUUAGAGGUGCCAAUCCCUGAGGGCGACUUUCCCCGCACCAACUCCAUCGCCGGAAUGCGGCUCGCGCGCCGGGUGCUGGAUGUGCUUGCGGCGGCCUUGCCCCUGUGGGUGCCAUUGGCGCUGUGGCUGCUCUGGGUUCUGAUGCUGCAGCUCUGCUGCUGUUUUUUGCGCCUGAUCCCGCGGAUGAACUUGGCAAGGAGGAUAUGGAAGUGGAAGCAUCCCAAGGCCAAGACGAAAUGAUGGGAACCUCAAAUCGAGCA